AUGGGAAGCAAUCAGACAUGGAUCACAGAGGUUACCCUGCUGGGGUUCCAAGUUGAUCCCACAUUGGAUUACUUCCUCUUUGCAAUAUUUUCUGUCUUUUAUACCUUCACCCUGUUGGGGAAUGGGGUCAUCCUUGGAAUAAUAUCCAUGGCCCCAAGGCUUCACACCCCCAUGUAUUUCUUCCUCUCACACCUGGCCAUCCUUGACAUGUCCUAUGCUUCCAACAAUGUCCCCAAGAUGCUAGCCAACCUUGUGACCCAGAAAAAAACCAUCUCCUUUGUUCCAUGUAUCAUGCAGACAUUCUUGUAUUUGGCCUUUGCAGCUACAGAGUGCUUGAUUUUGGUGGCAAUGUCCUAUGAUAGGUAUGUGGCCAUCUGUCACCCCUUACACUAUACUGUCAUCAUGAGCUGGAGAGUGUGCAUUGCCCUGGCUGUUGCUUCCUGGGGCUUUAGUUUACUGCUGGAUAUGGUUCAUUUAAUUCUCAUCCUGAGGCUGCCCUUCUGUGGACCUCAUGAAGUCAAUCAUUUCUUCUGUGAAAUCCUGUCUGUCCUCAAGCUGGCCUGUGCUGACACAACACUCAACCAAGUUGUUAUCUUUGCAACUUGUGUGUUCAUCUUAGUGGGACCCUUAUGCUUGGUGCUGGUCUCCUACACACGCAUCCUGAUUGCCAUCCUGAAGAUCCAGUCAGGGGAGGGCCGCAAAAAGGCCUUUUCUACCUGCUCCUCCCACCUCUGUGUGGUCGGGCUCUUCUUUGGCAGUGCCAUCGUCAUGUAUAUGACCCCCAAGUCUCAGCACCCCGAGGAGCAGCAGAAGAUCCUUUCCCUGUUUUACAGCCUUUUCAACCCCAUGUUGAACCCCCUGAUCUACAGCCUGAGGAAUGCUGAGGUCAAGGGUGCCCUGAAAAGGAUUCUGUGGAAGGGGAGGCAUGUGUGA